AUGGAACCUCUGCAACGGCUGUCUUUAGACAGCAGUGUGUCGGCAGUACUAGAAACUCUGGGCGACACCCAAAACCUACGCGUAGCGCUUCUUCCGUCGCAUUUUUCCAGGAGAUUAGUCAAAGAGAGCGUGGAUGAUGGGACUAGCAGCAUUUUGGCGUCCCUGGAGAAGCCUCUUCUGGUCGAUCUUCCGCUGAGGAACUUGCUCUAUGAAUCUCGCCAAGUACAGCGUCUGUACUACGAACUGGACACUAAGAAGGAAGAUUUGUACGGAAAAUCUGCGAAAAUAAUGAAUUCACUCCUCCUACUCGAUCCCAUACGACUAUCGCAAUCAAUGGCAGUACACAUGAAUUCUGCGCAAAAGCAGUUGCUGAUGAAGUGUUUUGUGCCGAAAAUCUGGGUCAUAUUCCUCAGAUUGGUCAGUCUAGACGUCGGCUCAAAGCUGAGGGAGCUCUACUCCAAUACCGUGAAACGUAUCGUUGACGACUAUUUCCUGCGGGAUAUGGAACGUUUACAGCUACGCCUCGUUGAGAUGGUUCUUAGCAUGAAGAAUUGUGAUCCUAGAGGGUAUACGCUGGAAGAUAUCGAGCGCAAUAUCCUCCAUGGUUGUAGAGAGAUCCUCCUGCAUAUACAGCAAAUGAGAGACAUUUGGGGAAGUUCAGUGGAUCAGUUUCCAUUGCUAAACGAGCUCAUUCCUUACCUGGAAAAGUGUGUCACUCAUGUGCAAAAUCUAAUCGAUCCGCAGCCAGCAACAGAUGGUGGCCAGGAAGGCGCACAAGAACAAAGGGUCGCUAAUGUCAAGCUCAUAGAAGACUCAUGCAAAGCUAUUGUUGCGGUAGCUUCCAAGGCUUCUACGUUAUUGAGUCUUAUAAAGCUCAAGCUCUUGGAGGAAAGGGAACAAGUUUUCAACAAACCCGGAGCAUUUGCAUUGCUAAAAGGUGAUGUUUUGAGACGUGGAAUAUUAGGGGCAUCCCUGGAAGAAUACGAAGCAGUACCACUCUUGAUACUUUCGCAUUGUCUGGGUGCCUAUAGCAUUCGUGAGUGGACACUGCGGUUUAUAGUAGAACGUAUGCAUAAUGAAGUUUCUAGUUUUACGAAGAGUGAAAGCGAAUCAAAUUCAUACGGUGCAUGCGAAUCCGCAUACUUCCGUACUGCAGGGCAAGUAGAGCCCUGCAUUAAAGACUAUCUAAGUAUAUUACCAAAGGACGUAAAGGAAUAUUUAAAAGAGUUGAUUAAUUCCUAA